AAUUCCAAAUACAAUGACUUUCUCUCUCCAAACAAAUACCAAAAGCCAGCGUAGCAAUAGCUUAGUAAGUUGUUACCGUCAAUUUCCCCUUUUCCCGAUCAAAAAAUUCACAAAUUCCAUUAAAUUAAAAAUGGAGAGAAAACAUUCUUCUAACAACAACACCUUCAAAAAGACUUUGCAAAUAACACAAGAGGGCAAAAAUCAAAACAAGAACAAGUCUUCUUUCACUGAGCAAGACUCUCUUGUUCUCUUACAAAAGUACGAUGCAAGCACAUUGUUGAAGUUAUUGCAAGAAGUGGCGAGUCAUGAUCGUUGGAAGAUUAAUUGGAACGAGAUGGUGAAAAAAACUUCGACCGGUAUUUCGAGUGCGAAAGAGUAUCAAAUGUUGUGGCGUCAUUUGGCCUAUGGUCAUUCCUUGAUUGAUGCUGAUUUUGAAGAUGAUGAUCUACCUUUGGAUGAUGAUAGUGACUUGGAAUGUGAAAAGGAAACAUUACCAUCCAUUCCCAAACAAACUGCUUUGCAAGCUGCAGCAUGUGUCCAGGUAAUGAUAUCUUCUGUUCCAAUGAGUGAAUGUAAUCCAACUAGCGCAACAAUUGAAGCUCCUUUGACUAUAAAUGUUCCAACACCAUCAUCACAUGCUUCAUGUAGUACAAGUUCACAACCAUUUAAUAAUUUGAUACAAAAGCCAAACAUUGUUUUUCCAGUUAUUGUUGAGAGACAAACAAGGUUAAAUAAUGUAUCUUCAACAACUAAAUAUGUACAAAAUAAUGGAUUAGUUGGUCACAAUGUUACAUCAAAUAUUCAAAGGAAAAGAAAAGGAUGGACAAAGGAAGAGGAUAUGCAAUUACAAGCUGCUGUUGAGAAAUGGGGUGAAGGGAAUUGGGCAGAUAUUGCUGGAAGAGAUGACUUUACUAUUGAUAAAACUGCUGCACAGUUGUCUAAGAGGUGGAGAAUUUUACGAAAUAAAGUUGGUGGCAAUAAUUGAGAAAGCAUUUCAUUAAGCUAAUAACUACUGUCGAAGAACUUAUAACAACUGAUCAAUGAAUAUUAGUCACUAGAUAAGCAAGUCAAAAAGUUAAAUGGUCCUUUAGUAAAUUAUCUGCAUGAAUCUCUAGUAUCUUGUAAUAAUUUUUAAUAUAAGGAUAUAUUUUUAAUAUAAAACCACCUAAACUAAUAGUUCAGUGUAAUUAUUUAUAACCUUUGUUUAGUUUCAGUU